AUGAACAACGAGUGGGACGACGAAGAGGAAGACCCAACGUACAAGGAAAGCACAGUGUUCAGCAGGUUACACCCGGAACACGCGUCAUACAAGCCCGCAAAGCGCGCAGGGUACAACCCAAAGGCAGAGCAUGAUUAUACCUUAAGCUAUCGUCCAGACGACAUGGCUGAAGAUUCAAAAUUCAUCAGGGAGAUUGCCACAGCCGCUAUAGACAAAACCAAGCUGCCGCACAACGUUGGCAAAUACAAUGGCCUGACAGAUCCAGAUGAUCAUCUCCAGGUUUUCAAAGGCGCAGGAGCAACAGGUGGGUGGAAUCUACCAACUUGGUGUCACCUGUUCGCACAAACGUUCGUGGGAGCAGCGCGCGUCUGGUUCGACAGCUUACCAGCAGGAAAAAUUAAAUCAUGGGUCGACUUCAGAGAGAAGUUCCUGGCACACUUCUCUCAACAGCGGAGACACGCCAGGGACCCAGCAGAUUGUCUAAACAUAUGGCGCCGAGACCAUGAAAGCGUGGAAGAUUUUAUCUCAAGAUAUAACAAGGAAUGUUUGGAGAUUGGAGAUGUAGGGGAAAAGAUGAUGCGCGCGCACUUCAUGAGGGCAGUAAAGUGUGAUGAUCUAAUCAAGCGCGUGAAAGGAAGAGACGGAGGACCCAAAGAUUGGGAAACCUUCAUUGAGGCCGCCAAAACAAUAGCACAGACAGACAAACAGUUGACCGGUGACGACCACCGUCAACGCGCACAUAACUCUAACGACCGACAUGGCAGAAAAGGCAGAGGCCAGUCAUGGAAGACUUCCAGUCACAGAGAAAGAAGCCCACCAAGAGAAGAUGCGCGACACACAAUCAAUCAGAUAGCCCACCGAAAAGAAGUGAAGAGAGAAAACAGAGAGAAGCAGUGGACGCCAUUGACAAAGACCCCUUCGGAGGAGGACAAGGCGCGCUUGGAGCCAGUUGACUACCCAUUAACUGGUUUCUGCAACGAGGCCGUCUUUCCCCUGGGACAGAUAUCAUUCCCGGUGUUACUUUCGGAUGGACGAAAUUCAAGAACAGAAGAAGUCACGUUCAUGGUGCUACCCGCACACUCAAGACACGACAUCCUCCUAGGAAGAGAAUCCCAGGGAGACUUCAGUAUGAUUUGCUCUGCACCACAUUCAGCCGUUGGAUUCCCAACAGAAACAGGCAUCGCACUGAUAUACGCAAGCAAGGAAGUCUUAGCAACAGAUGACAUAAGGCCUGCAAAAGCAAGUAAACCAGCGCCACGCGCAGAGGCAGAAAAAUGGGUGUUGAACAGCGCUUACCCAGAACAAACAGUUACCCUAGGACCGGCGAUGUCCGAUUUAACACGCGCAGCGCUGAAGAAGUUGUUACACGAGAACAUGGAUGUGUUUGCCUGGACACCAGCUGACAUGGUUGGUGUUCUGCGGCACAUUGCCGAGCACCGUUUAAACGUCUCAGAGGACGCAAAGCCAGUGGUACACGCCAAGCGCCACCUGGGCGAUAUAAAACACGACGCCAUGAAAGAGCAAGUACUGGAACUACUGAAUGCAGGCAUCAUCAGAGAAGUCAGAUACCAAACAUGGGUAGCAAGCCCAGUGAUGGUAAAGAAACCGAACGGCAGCUGGAGAAUGUGCGUCGACUACAAAGAUCUAAAUAAGGCAUGUCCGCGCGACUGCUACGUCUUACAAGACAUAGACGAAAAAAUCGAUUCUCUGGCAACAUUCAGGUGGAAAUGCUUUCUUGAUUGCUACAAGGGGUAUCACCAGGUUCAAAUGGCUGUCCAAGACGAAGAUAAAACCGCAUUCCGCACGCCGACAAGGCUGUACUGUUACACCAAGAUGCCUUUCGGCUUGAAGAAUGCGGGCGCGACCUACCAAAGAUUGAUGAACGAAACGUUCAGCGACGCCAUCGGCAAGUACAUAGAAGUGUAUAUGGACGAUCUGGUGAUUAUGAGCAAAGAAGAAGGCACGAUGCUGGCUAACAUCCAAAAGACAUUCAACACACUACGCAGCGUGAGUAUCAAGCUAAACCCAGCAAAGUGCUCAUUCGGAAUGGAAGAAGGAAAGUUCUUAGGUUUCAUCGUCACAAAAGAUGGUUUUAAGGUGAAUCCAGAAAAAGUCCAAGCCAUAGAAAGAAUGCCUUCUCCGUCAAACAUCAAAGACAUGCAAAAAUUAGCAGGGCGACUAGCCGCGCUCAAUCGCUUCCUAGCUAAUCAUGCUGCAAAAUCCUUCCCGUUCAUCAAAACCUUGCGCAAUUGUAUGAAGAAAAGCCAGUUUCAGUGGACUCCGGAAGCAGAGAGCGCGUUCUGCGAGAUGAAAGAUUGUCUCAUCAAACUGCCAACAUUAACCGCGCCAACCAAAGGAGAACCUUUGGUACUCUACCUAUCAGCUUCCGAUAGGGCAGUCGGAGUAGUCUUACUUGUCGAUCGCCAAGGUACUCAGACACCAGUCUACUAUGUGUCACGAACCUUGACCGACCCAGAAACUAGGUAUGCCAUCAUGGAAAAGUUGGUCCUUGCACUGAUUCAUGCUUCAAGGCGGCUGCGCAGAUACUUUGCCAAUCACGUCAUUCAUGUGCUAACAAACUACAACAUCGGCAACAUCCUUGCAAGACCAGAAAUAUCAGGAAGGCUAGCCAAAUGGGCGAUAGAACUGGGAGGUCACAAUGUGGUUUUCAGACCACGACCAUCAAUCAAAGGCCAAGUCUUGGCAAAUUUUAUGACAGAAGUUCCAGAUGACAAAGAGAGAGAAUGUAAAGCAAUGGAAAAAGCUGAGAAAAAGCAAACAGAAGAGUCAUGGUUGUUAUACACCGACGGCGCAUCUAACGAAGACGGAGCAGGCGCAGGGCUAAGGCUGGUAAGCCCCGACAAACACAAAUUCACGUACGCCAUACGCCUGGAUUUUAAAAGCACAAACAACGAAGCCGAGUAUGAAGCUUUCUUGCCUGGCUUACAAUUGGCGAUUAAAAUGGGGGUCUGGCACAUCGAAGCGCAUGUGGACUCCAUGCUAGUAGCGGGGCAAAUCAACGGCCAAUACGAAGCCAAAGGGGACAUAAUGGCACUCUAUCUCAGCCAAGCAAAAACAUUGCUACAAACCUUCUACUCCUACAAGGUGCACCACAUAAACAGAAGCGAGAACAAGCCAGCAGACGCGCCGAGUAAGCUUGAAUCAACAAGUUUCCAACACCUAGCAAAGGAUGUGCGCAUAGAGGUUUUGAGCAACCCAUCCGUUCCACUCAGAGAAGUAAGCGUCAUCCAGACAGGAACAACGUCCUGGAUGACACCGAUAAUCAUGUACCUACAGUCAGGGAUACUUCCCGAAAACAAAGCCGAGGCGCGGAAGAUCCAAUACAAAGCAGAACAUUAUCAGAUGGCAGAUGGAAUACUGUACCGAAAGUCGUACCUCGGUCCAUUGCUGAGAUGCGUUGACGCCGAAGACGCAAACUACCUAAUCCGGGAAGUUCAUGAAGGAAUUUGUGGUAUUCAUGCCGGGCCUCGAAUGGUGGUGGCAAAAGUGAUGAACGCCAGAUACUACUGGUCCGGGAUGCAUCUAGAUGCUAUGAAAGAGUUGAGGAAGUGCAGCGGAUGCCAGAGACAUGCGCCCCAAAAAUGA